GAAACUGGAAAUACAAUCAUUCCUCCUGCAGAAAAACAGCUUCUGUGAGUGUUCCAUCUUACAUUAUUAUUCCAGAUCAGCUAUAAGUAGCAGUUUACUGUUGUAAGUGGUUGCCAUAGUUGUAAUUUUCACCAUUUUAUAAAAGCCUGAAUAGAUUAUUUUACAGGAAUCCCUCAUAUUUUACAAACUUGACAUAUGUUUUGUGUAAAAUUUGAAGAAAUCUGCCCAAAAUUUAUAUUUUAAAGAAAGAAAAUCCAGGAAUUAGAUAAAUGUUGUGGAACAGUGUGUUUUUUUGUUUGUGCAAGUAAUGCAAAGUUGCAUGAAAUGUAAAUAUUCAAGUUAAAUGUCAGUAGUGUGUCUCAAAUGUGUGCUUAGUCUACCUCUGUUAUUUUUAUUUAAACAAAAUAAAUUGUUUGCAAGUCGUGCGUAAUUACGCAUAGUCCAACUGAUCCAUCCGUCGGUGCUGUUUGGUUUAAUUUACUUUCAGUGAAACAGCUAUGUAGUAAAUUUAACAAGUAUUAUGAGGCACAAAAAGAAAAUGGUGAAGUUGGGUUUCAUAUAAACGACUUCAGUAAAAGCGCCCUCGGAUCAGGAGACUGCCACAUGGGUGGGUGAACAUAAAUUAAAGCCCGUGUGAAGUAGAAUACCUGUACACCUGCACAACAGCUCUCCCCUGCGCCCGACUGAAACUCUACUCCUGCGCCUUGUACCUGACUCACCGCUCUCCGGUGACUCACUCACUCCAACCUUAUGGCAGCGUAACUCACUUCUACACCCGAGGCAGCGCUCUGUUAGACGCUGCCGUGAGCCGCAACAUUGUCGGGACGUAGCGGUAACGGAACACGGUCUGACGGACUGAUGUCUGGAAAUGACCACCUCCAGAGUUAGGAGCGUGCGGACGGAACCGGGGAGCGGUAACAUGUCGAUCCCAGCGCCAGUCGGAGGUUCAGUCCGCCGUCCAGUAGCCUCCAGCCGGUCCCAGGGAAGAUGAACGAUGUGAGCUCCCCGACCGGGCAGCCGGACGCAGCGGCGGCGGUGCCAAGACUGCGUCCCCACGAAAACCGCAGCAUGGCCGAGAUCAUUGCCGACCACCCGGCCGAGCUGGUCCGGACCGACAGCCCCAACUUUCUGUGCUCGGUCCUGCCCUCCCACUGGCGGUGCAACAAGACGCUGCCUGUCGCUUUUAAGGUGGUCGCCCUGGGAGACAUACCCGACGGGACCGUUGUCACGGUAAUGGCGGGCAACGACGAGAACUACUCGGCCGAGCUGCGGAACGCCUCAGGUGUGAUGAAGAACCAAGUAGCACGUUUCAACGACCUUCGCUUCGUGGGCCGCAGUGGCAGAGGCAAGAGCUUCACACUGACAAUCACAGUAUUCACCAACCCACCACAAGUGGCCACUUACCACCGAGCCAUAAAGGUCACCGUGGACGGACCACGUGAGCCCAGGAGGCAUCGUCAAAAGCUCGAGGAUCCCCCCAAGACCGGCCUGUUCUCGGACCGCCUCAGCGAGCUCGAGAGGAUGAGGGUGAGGGUCUCGGUGCCAACCCAAGCCCCCCGGCCGACUCUCAACACGGCGGCCAACUCCUUCAACCCGCAGGGACAGACGCAGAUAACAGACCCUCGUCAGUCCCAGUCCUCUCCUCCCUGGUCAUACGAACAGACGUAUCCAUCCUACCUGAGUCCCAUGGCGUCCCCCUCAGUCCACUCCACCACCCCCCUCUCUUCCAGCCGAGGCACGGGCCUGCCUGCCAUCAGUGACGUGCCUCGACGAUUGCCAGGUUCAUCCGACCUGAGUCCAUUCCCCGGUCAGUUCGAGCGCCAGUUCCCGGGCCUCUCCUCUCUGACGGAGAGCCGCUUCUCCAGCCCCCGCAUGCACUACCCGGCCACCUUCACCUACACGCCGCCCGUCACCUCGGCCAUGUCGCUGGGCAGCGCCCACUACCACACCUACCUUCCGCCUCCGUACCCGGGCUCCACCCAGAGCCAGAGCGGCCCCUUCCAGACCAGCAGCACGCCCUAUCUCUACUACGGCGCCUCGUCCAACUCGUACCAGUUCUCCAUGGUUCCCGGCGGCGACCGCUCGCCCUCCCGGAUGAUCCCGCCUUGCACUAGCGCCUCCACCGGCACCUCCCUGGUCAACCCCAACCUGCCCAGCCAGACGGAGGGAGGCGUGGACGGCGACGGGAGCCACAGUAACUCCCCGACUGUUCUCAACCCCGGAGGCCGCAUGGAUGAAGCGGUGUGGAGGCCAUAUUGAAGAAGGAGGACGGAGGAGGGAUAGGAAGUCAACUGAUGUCAUGGUUUGAAAGCACAAAACCUUUUUUUAUAGUGAAAAAAGGGGAUUUUUGAGCUCUCAUCAGCUGUCUCUACCUUUUACUUGGAAAUUAAGGUUGAGAUUUUUUUUUUAAAAAGACCAGACUUGUAUGAACUUGUCUUCCUGGAAUGUGUUUUUGACCAAAGGCACUACAAAGGGAGUCAUUCUCACAGCAAUAAUGAGAAAGACGAUUUUUUUUUUUUUUUGGUUUACUAGGCCCAAGUGGAUGAGACUUUAUUUCAGUUUUAUUCUAGUCCACGAGCUAAGGGAUGCUUCAACACACAAUAUUUGUAAAAGACUGCCUCUUUUGUAUAGUGUUUGUAUUUCAUUACGGCUUUUUUGCAGAGCAUGUUUUUGUACUACGACAAUAUCAAGAUGCAAGUUAAGCACUGAGUAGCAAGAUAAGAGUAACACAUAUGUUACCUUAAAGUGGUGUGGACAGUAAAUUUGCUUUAAACCGAUUAAUUUAACUUGUAUAUUGUGGGUGAAACGUUGAUGUAGAUUGAGGCGUUUUCUUAGUUUUAACUUAUAAAGCCAUAAAUUAUGUAUUGUAUUUGAAACUUGAGUCAAAGAAGUGUAAUCUGAAUAUUUUUGAUGCAUCUAUAUGACUAAGUUAAAAAUGUUUUGGUUUUUUUUGAUAGGUAAUUUAAGAGAGUAAGAGGUUUAACUUUUUUUUUUUUUUUUUUGGUAGCACCCAAAGAUUUAAAUCGUUUCGAGUAUGAAAUGUAAUUUCCAAAGAGUAUUGCAACAUGUUUCUUCUGGUGUAACUUUCAGUUUAACUGCUCUACACGUUAAGCGCCCAACAUCCUCGCUAGGCGUUGACACACAUUUGGCUCCGAAUUAAACCUUUGGUAUUUAUUGAGCAAUAACUCGUAUUGUGCCUCUUGGCAACAUACCAUGAAAGAGAGCUUCAAUGGGGGAAAAAUAAUUAUCCGUUUGGGGAAAUUCUGCUUGAUUUCUUUACUCUGUCUCGUCUGACAUGCACACAGAUAUACUGAUGUAUUCCUUUCGUCCAAAUAAGAAAUGGUAUAUUUACAGACGAAUUGACGCUCAGCCCAAAGAUGAUUAGAGCGGUGCCACGCCUCGUGGUGCACUUUAUAGCAGCAGGUCAGACUUUCAGGUUCAGUUAUUUUGUGAUACAUGAACUCCUCAGGACUGGAAUGAUCCUCGGAUGAUCCCACAGAUUUGCUGUAUCUGCAUUUCUUUUUUCAUAUCCAGCCUGGCUGAAAGCUCUGUGCAGAUUAUAGCUUCAACAUGCCAACUCUAUUAUAGCUUUCAUAUCACGUGGAAAAGAUAGCUUUGAAAAAGUUUGUCUUAGUGUGUGACACACACAGGUCUGUUUUUUUUUUUCUUUUUCCCUCUUUCAGUCUUUGAGAUUGAAAAGGAAAAUCUCACAGUUAUAGACAGAAGAGACUGUGACAUUCCUUCAGACGUUUAUUUAUUUUGUCGCUUUCGUUGGCUCGGUUUACCAGAUGGAUUUGUACCCUCCUCGCAGACUCAUGUCGCAGCCUAAAAAUCACUCUGUGGCCGAGGAGAGUCUGAAUUUACUAUGUGAGAUUCUAAAAAGUGUUGGAGUGAAAGGAAAAAAAAGUGCAAAAAAACCGACGUGAUUGGAUUCAGCUGCUGGCAGCAAACUGGGAACCAAAAAAUAUGGGAGACUUGUGUAUGUUUGUUUCAUAGAGCACUUAUUUCUUGUUUUAUUUCUAGCAGCACUUGCGGCUGGCUGCCAGCAGGGCUCGUGGUUUUGGUCCUCAGUGCAGAUAUAACGCCACUGGAGUCGCACACACACACACACACACAUCCACAUCUACACACACAGAAUGGAUAACACUUGGCCAAACAAGCCAUUUACAUUGGAGCUGAAUCUGAUCUCACAAGGCAGUUGGUAUUUGUUUGAAAAAAGCUUUUCUUUUUUCUUUUUUUUGCUUUUGGUACAAUAUGAUAUUCAGUGCAUGUAGGUAAUAUAAUAACCCAAUUUGAAAAAGCUGAGAAAAACACGGCCCUGUCCAAGGAUCAGACUUCAAGCUUUUCAUUGAAGGUUUGCACGCAGUCUCUGCAGAGGAUGUUCUGAACUCGGUUAAUGGAAUUGAACAUGUCGCACUACAUUUCCCCGACUGCUCCGGCCCAAAAGUAAAGGUUUUUUUUUUUUUUUGCUGCUACAGUAAGAAAACAAAUAAAAACCUUUCAGAUUGUUGUGAUUUUUAUAGCAUUUUCCUAAAGACAAUUAUAUCCAGUGUCUCCAUAGCAACUAUGCACAUCUGUUGGAAUUUAUUUAACCUUCUUUUCUUUUCAAACUUCGAACAGGAGAAACUGUUUACACACCAACGCAGCACUGACAUCCCGUUCUGUCCUCAUCUGCUUUUGUUUGUGUUGUUUUUUUUUUCUUCUUCCUCAGACAAACUCUUUUUUUUUUUGGUUCAAAUGUUGCGUACAAACUGUCAUUACAAACCUUGUAUUAUUUAAUGAUCAACAUGUAUGAUAUCCAGGAAUUGUACUUUACCUUUGCUCUUAUGUAAAGUUUACUUGUUAUUUCUAUUGCUAUGCUUCUUCUCAUGAACACUUGUCAGGAAACUGAAUCUGAUGGAGACUCUGUUAGAUUUUGCUGGUACGUUUCAUAAAGAUCAUAAGGGGUUUUUUGUUUUGUUUUGUUUUGUUUUUCUUUUUGUUUUUUUCUUUUUGUUUUUUAAAGGGACAAACAGACCUGACAACAGUGAGUGAAAUUGGCAUUGUGAUUGUACAUUUUGUUUAUUUUAAGAAUAAAAUAGGAAUUUUGUAACUUAA